AGGGGGAGGGGAGGCUCCAGACUCAGUAAGUGUGUGUCGGUGUGUGGAUGUCAGUGUACGGUGGAAAAUUCAGCCGCUGGAGGACUUUUCUCUCCGAGUAAAACUACUUAUUUCUGCGAAUAAAGCCAAUGACGAGGACAAGACGAGGAGGACACAGGCGAAAAUGCGAGAAGAAAUCCAGGAAGAGAGUGUGUGCUUAUUAAAAAUUCAGCGCGGGAGAACAGACAUUAUCGCCCCUUCAGAUGACUUGUGGCAGCACCGAGGAUAAACUCCGACACUAACGGGCUUCAAACAUCACUGAAUGGGGUGAGACGAAGCGGAGUUUUAUCUGAAGAGCGACUCCAAAGCAUUUCCAAGCGGCCAAAAAGCAAAAGGGAAGGGGAGGAGAGGGGGGCAAAGAAAACGCCCUGCUGCCUGUUGCUGGUAUCUCCACAUUCAAACUUUAUCGCCGAGUUGGAAAAAUGCAUCGUUCACUUAACGGGAGGUGAUGAUUCAAGUGUGACGUUAUCUUUAUUAGCCGGACGCCAAACAGCUAGCUAACUGAGGGCCCGCUUCACUGGGCAAGUUUUGGGUGUCUCUGCUUUGGGGAUAUUUUCUCUUCAUUGUGCACACUAUUCCUGUUGGAAGCGAUUUGGGUGGGCUGAGAGCCCAAGGCUGCUCCGCUAGGCCCACGGCCAUUAGCCAGGAACAAAGAGGUUUCACAUGUAAACUCAAACAGUUUUGGGGAAAAGCUCCUCAUAUUUUUUUUGCUCAACUUUUAACCCACCGACGCUGCAGCCAUGUCUAACGGCGCGGAGAGGAGGAUGGAAAGCCGGCUGAAGAAGCUGGAGGACAUGAUCAGAGAGCCCAGAUCCCCCAUAAACCUGGAAAGUUUGCUGGACUCCAUCAACGCCUUGGUCUUAGACUUGGACUACCCUGCACUACGCAAGAACAAAAACAUCGAAACCUUCUUAAACAGAUAUGAGAAAGUCAUAGGACAGACUCGAGACCUCCAGAUGAAGUCUGAAGACUUUGACAGAGUUAAAGUCAUUGGUCGAGGGGCAUUCGGUGAAGUCCAGCUAGUCCGACAUAAAGCCUCUCAGAAGGUCUAUGCCAUGAAACUAUUGAGCAAAUUUGAGAUGCUCAAGCGCUCUGACUCAGCUUUCUUCUGGGAAGAGAGGGACAUUAUGGCCUUUGCCAACAGUCCCUGGGUUGUGCAGUUGUGCUGUGCCUUCCAAGAUGAGCACUACCUCUACAUGGUGAUGGAGUACAUGCCGGGAGGUGACCUGGUCAACCUCACCAGCACCUACGACGUGCCGGAGAAAUGGGCCAAGUUCUACACAGCAGAGGUGGUGAUGGCCCUGGAUGCCAUCCACUCCAUGGGCUUCAUCCAUCGGGACGUCAAGCCGGACAACAUGCUGCUGGACAGACACGGACACCUCAAACUAGCCGACUUUGGCACAUGCAUGAAGAUGGAUUCUACUGGCAUGGUGCACUGUGAUACAGCUGUCGGGACUCCAGACUACAUCUCUCCGGAGGUGCUGAAAUCCCAGGGAGGAGAUGGGUAUUAUGGGAGAGAGUGUGACUGGUGGUCUGUAGGGGUCUUCAUCUUCGAGAUGCUUGUCGGUGACACGCCAUUCUACGCCGACUCUCUGGUGGGAACCUACAGUAAGAUCAUGGACCACAAAAACUCCCUCAACUUCCCCGAUGAUGUGGAGAUCUCCAAAGAUGCCAGGAAUAUCAUCUGUGCCUUCCUGACUGACAGGGAGGUGCGAUUGGGCAGAAAUGGCGUGGAGGAAAUCAAGCGGCACCCUUUCUUCAAGAACGACCAGUGGACCUUCGACACCAUCAGAGACUCGGUUGCCCCUGUGGUCCCAGAGCUGAGCAGUGACAUAGACACCAGUAACUUUGAUGAGAUUGAAGACGACAAAGGCGAUGUAGAAACUUUCCCCACACCUAAAGCCUUUGUUGGAAACCAGUUACCCUUUGUUGGUUUCACUUACUUCAAAGAAGACCAGUUACUAAACGCUUCCAACAAUAUCUCGGUGGCUCACGAUAAUUCGAAAGGAGAGUCAGCAGCACUGCAGAAGAAAUUGCGCCACCUGGAGGUGCAGCUGAAUAAUGAGAAGCAAGUCAGAAGUGAUUUGGAGCAAAAACACAGAGCUGCCACCAGCCGUCUAGACAAAAUCUCCAAAGAACUUGAGGAAGAGGUGAGCAGCAGAAAGAAUCUGGAGUCGAGUCUGAGGCAGCUAGAAAGGGAGAAAGCACUGCUGCAGCACAAGAGCCUGGAGAGCCACCGCAAGGCCGAGAGCGAGGCUGACAGGAAGCGCUGCCUGGAGAACGAAGUCAACAGCCUUCGAGACCAGCUGGAUGACAUGAAGAGGAGAAACCAGAAUUCCCACAUUUCAAAUGAGAAGAACAUUCACCUGCAGAAACAGCUGGAGGAAGCCAACACAUUGCUGCGGGCAGAGUCUGAGGCGGCGACGAGGCUCCGCAAAGCCCAGACGGACAACAGCAAGCAGCUGCAGCAGCUGGAGGCCAACGCGCGCGAGCUGCAGGACAAAUGCUGCCUGCUGGAGCGCAGCAAGCUGAGCCUGGAGAAGGAAUGCAUCAGCCUGCAGGCCGCACUGGAGACAGAGAGGAGGGAGCACAGCCAGGGCUCAGAGACCAUCAGCGACCUGAUGGGACGCAUUUCUGGCCUGGAGGAGGAGGCACGUCAGCACAGACAGGCUCUGUCCAAAACUGAGACAGAGAAGAGACAGCUUCAAGAAAAACACACAGAUCUGGAGAAGGAGAAGAGCAACAAGGAGAUUGAUUUGACCUACAAGCUGAAGGUGCUGCAGCAGGAGCUGGAGCAGGAGGAGGCCUCUCACAAAGCCACCAAGGCAAUGCUGGCAGACAAGAGCAAGAUCAAAGAAACCAUCGAGGGCGCCAAGUCAGAGUCCAUGAAGGAGAUAGAGCAGAAGCUGGCGGAGGAACGAGCAGCCAAACUUCGUCUGGAGAAUCGAAUUCUAGAUCUGGAGAAGCACAGCAGCAUGAUGGACUGUGACUAUAAACAGGCUCUGCAGAAACUAGAUGAGCUACGCAGACACAAGGACCUACUAACUGAGGAGGUGAAAAACCUGACGCUGAAGAUUGAGCAGGAGACCCAGAAGCGUAACCUGACUCAGAACGACCUCAAGGCCCAGAACCAGCAGCUCAACUCUCUGCGAACUUCCGAAAAGCAACUCAAACAGGAGAUGAAUCACCUGCUUGACAUCAAACGCAGCCUGGAGAAACAGAACCAAGAGUUGCGCAAAGAAAGACAGGACACAGACGGGCAAAUGAAGGAAUUACAGGACCAGUUGGAAGCUGAACAGUAUUUCUCUACACUGUACAAGACCCAGGUUCGUGAACUGAAAGAGGAGUGUGAGGAGAGGAACAAACUCUACAAAGAUGUGCAGCAGUCUCUGCAGGAGCUUCAGGAGGAGAGGGAUUCAUUGGCAGCUCAGCUUGAGAUUACACUGACAAAGGCUGACUCAGAGCAGCUGGCGCGCUCCAUCGCUGAGGAGCAGUACUCAGACCUGGAGAAGGAGAAGAUAAUGAAGGAGCUGGAGCUGAAGGAGAUGAUGGCCCGCCAUCGUCAGGAGCUAUCGGAGAAGGAUAUCACCAUCAGUUCGCUGGAGGAAGCCAACAGGACCCUGACCAGUGAUGUUGCCAACCUAGCCAAUGAGAAGGAGGAGCUGAACAACAAAUUGAAGGAGGCAAUAGAAGAAUCAGAAAAGUCAAAGGACUGGGAGCAGCAGAUCAGCCAGAUGAAGCAGGCGUUUGAGAAGCAGCUGCAGUCAGAGAGGACGCUGAAGACUCAGGCCGUCAAUAAGCUGGCAGAGAUCAUGAACAGGAAGGAGGUUCGUGGCGGAGGCAGUCGCCGUGGUAACGACACAGACAUGCGGCGAAAGGAGAAGGAGAACAGGAAGCUGCAGUUGGAGCUGAGGUCGGAGAAGGAAAAAUUCAACAGCAGCAUCAUCAAAUACCAGAGAGAGAUCAACGAAAUGCAGGCGCAACUGUCAGAUGAGAGCCAGAUGCGUAUUGAGCUGCAGAUGGCCCUGGACAGUAAGGACAGUGACAUCGAGCAGCUGAGGAACCUCCUGCAGACACUCAGUGUUCAAUCGAUGGACUCCGCCAGUGUCAGCAGUGGGCCAGAGUUUGACACUGAUGAUGCGUUCACAGAAACGAGGCUGGAGGGCUGGCUCUCGCUCCCUGUCAGAAACAACACCAAGAAGUUUGGAUGGGAGAGAAAGUAUGUUGUGGUGAGCAGCAAGAAGAUUCUCUUCUACAACAACGAGCAAGACAAAGAGCAGUCCAUUCCCUACAUGGUGCUUGAUAUUGACAAACUCUUCCAUGUGAGGCCUGUCACGCAAACGGAUGUGUACCGUGCUGACGCCAAAGAGAUUCCCAGGAUAUUCCAGAUUCUUUAUGCCAAUGAAGGCGAGAGCAAAAAGGAGCCAGAGUUUCCCGUGGAUCCGCUGCCUAUCGGAGAGAAGUCCAGCUACAUCUGCCACAAGGGCCACGAGUUCAUCCCCACGCUGUACCAUUUCCCCACCAACUGUGAGGCAUGCACCAAGCCGCUGUGGAACAUGUUCAAGCCGCCGCCUGCUCUGGAGUGCCGGCGCUGCCACAUCAAGUGCCACAAGGACCACAUGGACAAGAAGGAGGAGAUCAUCGCUCCAUGCAAAGUGAACUACGACGUGUCUUCGGCCAAGAACCUGCUGCUGCUGGCCGUGUCCCAGGAGGAGCAGCAGAAGUGGGUGAGCCGACUGGUCAAGAAGAUUCCUAAGAAGCCCCCACCACCAGAGCACUUUGCGCGCUCCUCUCCACGUGCCUCCAUGAAGGUCCAGCCCAGUCAGUCCAUGAGGAGGCCCAGUCGACAGCUCCCCACCAGCAAGAGCAGGUCAAAUGGCUUCAGAAUGAAGGAAUCCAACAGUGGACUCACACAGUGGUACAAAUGACGACUUCUCCCACCUUGUUCCUCCUUUGCCCAGAUGUUUCUCUAUAAACGACUCAAUCUUUGAAUUUAACCUUGCUUUGGGAGUGUGUCGCCUCCUCGAGGUGGUGGGGUGUGUGUCCUCGAAAAUCAAAGACUAUACAAAGCUGUGUUUGCAGAUCAGCACACCGAACUCCACAUCACUUCUCCACAACCCACCCUGUCGUGCUUCAGCCUGUGAGAGUUACAAAGUCUGUUUUCCCCCGUUUCGUUGAACUUCUUUCCCAGGCACUAGAAGCGCUAACGACUAUCAAACUCACCUUAACACCUGUGAUCUUUUCACCGAGCUGGAUGGCUUGUAAGCACAUUAGCCGAAGUCUUCUCUUGGGCCCUUAACUAGAGCAAUUAAGUGUCUCUGGGGGUUGGAGGAGCUUGUUCAGCUCCCACAGAACAGAAGAGAGCUCUUAUUAGCCCGACCUGGGCUGGCAAAGAGGGGAUACACUUACCUCAACACUUCUCACCAGGACACACUGUCUGAUUGAAGGACCCAACAGGAAAACUCUCAACUCCUCCUCACCACCUUUGGGGAUUCUUGUGGCCAAAUAAAGAAAGACAUUCUUGUGUUUAAUGAUUGUUAACAAUAUGAAGGGUUUAAUGGGGAACACUACACUCAGAAGAUAGUAAAUUUUGUAAUUUGUUGGCUGCAUACAGCUGAGAUUGUUGAACUUGAUCCCAGAUACAGUAUCUGUACUUUGGCUUAUUCAAACUCUUUAACAUAUUGAUUGUAGCUUCUUGCUUCCCACGAUUCUGCUUUCAGGUGCGCGUCCACACGGGUCACAGAAACUUGAAUGAGGUACUUAAGCAAACCAGCUGUUGGGAAAGAGUGUCAUAUGGCUCCAGGAUUUGAGUAAAUAAUUCCUUGAGUGCCUCUUAUUCAGAUUUCUGACUCGGUCACGCUCUGAAUCACUGGUUUGUCGUUGUGUGACUACAGUAAAGGUUAGAAGUGAACAGAAUCCUACUCUGAAUGGCGUUAGAUGAAGAACCAGACAUAAGAUCCUCGUAAUCCCAUAAUAUUCCAAACCUGCACUGUCAGUUAUGAGGGUUAAUGUUUACUGAACUCAAGGGGUGCACCGUUAUGCUUUUCUGAUCCGAGCUCGGCUCCUUUUGUUGUUUGAAUGUACAUCUGGGCUUUACCAGAGACGACACGCAGGCAUUGUAUUACUUCUAUCCAAAUAUACUUGACUGAAGCCCCCUUUAAUCACCAACUACUCCUGAGUGAACUUGCAUGUGUUUGCCUUUUCAGGCCUCACACUUAAGUGCUGUCACCCACAGGCCUGCACCUGUUAGACAUGUAGUUUUUAGCAUUGAAAAUUUGGGGACUUGACCAAUAAGAAGCAGAAACAAUGAAGGUAUGCAGUCAUAACCCAUGAGUCAAAAUACUGAGCAGCACUAUUCCAUUGAAAGUUUUUCUAAAAGUGUUUGUCCUGAUAUUUUUGUAUUAAAAGUAACCAAACUCUGAGUUUGGGCACAUUGUUGUGUAUGUGGCUUACAUAGCAGGUGGAGAGCAACUAUGUGUGUGUGCGUGUGUGUGUGCGUGUGUACUGAGUGCUCUCCUUUAACCAAGAAGCAUGUUUUAUACAUAUAAAUAUACACAGUAUAUAUUUUACAUGCCAUACAGUGCACAUUAUAUUAUUUAUACAGCCUUGUCCACUUUGUAUUUAAGGGCUCUACAUCCAGAUUGCAUGUUUGCUACCAAACAGCUCUAUAGUAAUAACUACUUCAACAAUAAAGACAUGGAUGUGC